AUGUCUUCUUCCGAAAGCGAUGUGUCUAAUGCGAAUGGUAGUUAUGAUUAUGAGUCUGAAGAGAAUUAUGCUAUAGAGGUUGAGGGAAACGAGGAAAUAGGUGCCGCCGCGGCCGCUGAUGUCGAUUCAAGUACGGACGAUGAUAAUGGCCUACUCGAAUAUGAUCCCGUUGCGGACGAAGAGUACGUUCAAAAUUAUGAAAGGGCUAUUCAGGAAAGUCGAGAAGAAGAAAGCAUCUUAUCGAGACGUUUUGAAGGCAUUGAACAACUGGACUCUUGGUGCAAAUGUGGAAACUGUGCUAUAGACAGACUUGCCAAUGCUAGAGAAUGCAAAUGCUGCACUGAAAUUAAAGGUUGUAUAUCAUCAUUGACAACUGUAGAAGUAAGGCAAGAUAUUGGCGAACAGACUCCAACAUGUGUGGUUGAGCACCCUGGGUUUAAACCAGUGUGCCUCAAUAAAUGGUCCUUAGGGGUGAUAGCACAGAGCUUUAAAAAAAAAGACAAAACAAGAUACAAGCGUACUGGAUUUGAAAAUAAAUUCCUACGAAGUAUCUCAGACAGAUCCUUCACGAGGUUGAUACACGGUCGCCUUGGAAACAAAAGAAUUCCCUUGCCGGCCUGUGCAUAUAAUGCAAUUCGACAAGAAUUUCCAGUUUUGGCAGGAAAUGCAAAGGGGUUUGAGAGUAAUAGUUCAGAGUAA